UCUGCCACUGCCUCUAAAUAUCAAAUGUUCUCCCACUUAAUCUUUAUCUUUCUUCACUUAGUAUUCUUGUUUUCCCUUUCAAUCUUUGCCCCCAAAAUCAAGCUUUUUCCUUUAUUUAUAUUGCUUGGGGAAGGAGAAAUGGAGGAGUCUAACAAUUAUGGCCACCAACAUCCCCUGCUUCUUAUCUUGAAUCACGACCAGCUGAUCCACAAUCAAAGUGGUGUAACUCAUUGCUCCAGGUGCGGGGAGGAGGUGUCUGCUCCAUGUUUUUGCUGUGUGGAGCACUGUGGGUUUUAUCUUCACAAGUCAUGUGGCGACGCACCUUUGGAGCUUAAUCAUCCUUUUCAUCCUCAUCAUCCUCUUCUUCUUCUGCAAGAGCCACCAUCUUCUUACACAAGGUGUAUUUGCGAUUUCUGUGAUAAAACAUGUGAGAAAUUCAUUUAUCACUGCUCUUGCAAAUUGGACUUUCAUAUUAAAUGUGCUUUGUUUACAUUUAAUGUUGCUGAGAAUAAUUUGAAAGAGCUUGAGCAUGUUGCCCUUCAACAUCCUUUGAUUUCCACUGAAAAUGGUCAUGAAGAACUUGAAGAUGAAAAUGGUGAUGAAGAACUUGAAGAUGUUAGAGAGUGCUUUGGAUGCUGGGAACCAUUAGCAAAGUAUACACACUUCUCUCCUGCCUGUGGAUUUAAUUUACAUGAGAAAUGCGCUAAGCUUCCUUUCAAACUGAAUCAUGUGUGUCAUCGCAAGCAUCCUCUUGCUCUACAAUUUAAUAGCGAACGGCUCUCUUGCAAGAUAUGCGGAGAAACCAAUCGGAAGGCUUUAGGAUUUGUUUAUGGUUGCUCUCCUUGUAAGUUUGUUGUUCACAUUGAAUGCGCAUCACAAUCACCAUUACAAGUUAUUAAGAGUACAAAUCAUGAACAUCCAUUUACCUUGGUUUUUAGACAAGUUCCAUUCACUUGUGAUGCGUGUGGUAUCGAAGGAAAUCAUGUUGCCCAUAGAUGUGGUACGUGUAACAUUAUAAUCCAUAAAAAUUGCAUUUCAUGGCCUCGCAUUAUCAAAAGUAAGUGGCAUGACCAUCGCCUUCUUCACACAUAUUUCCAUCACAUAGAAGAUUUUGGAGUUUUGAAUUGCAUGAUAUGCCAUGAUGAAGUCAAUACAGAGUAUGGUAGUUACUAUUGUUCAAAGUGCAAUGCUAUAUUCCAUGUGCAUUGUGUGACAGAGGAUGAACGCUCAUAUUCAAUAGUUUCACCAGAAGAUGAAGAUGAGAUGCCCUAUGAAAGUUCCAUCACUGUUUUAGAGAGCAACGAUGCUGGAGAAGCUACAAAAAUAGAACAUUUCUUGCAUAUACAUAAUCUAAUGUUAAGUCCCGUUGUUGGAAAGAAUGAGAAUGGUUGUGACGGGUGUUUGUUGCCAAUCUCGGGACCAUUUUACUCUUGUUCAUUUUGUGAUUUCUUCCUUCAUAAAGCGUGUGCUGAAUUACCUAAGAUGAAGGAUGUUUGGCAUCAUUUGUGCCAAAAACCUCUUGCCCUUAUUUCGGACAGGGUUUUUAGGUGUCGAGAAUGUCUGAAUGUGUGUAAUGCCUUUGCUUAUGAAUGUUGUGGAUGUAAAGCAAAAAAAUGCCUCCAAUGUGUGCUUGCUCUUACUCCUGGUGCUCAAAUAUGUUUGAAACAUGAACACCCCCUCUUUUACUACAGAGACUACAAUGGGAAGUGCAAUGCUUGUGGUUAUACUACAAGGGCAGCAUUUCGUUGUAAGGUUUGCAAUUUUGUGCUACAUCUUGGAUGCUUUUCACUUCCAAUUACAGUUCUUCACAAAUGCGAUGAGCAUAUUCUUUCACUCACAGAUUAUGAUGAUAACAAUUAUUUAGAACAUCAUUAUUGCGAUAUCUGUGAAGAAAGUCGAGAUCCAAACUGUUGGUUUUAUCAUUGUGCAAAAUGCGAUACUUCUGCUCAUGUUAAUUGUGUUCUUGGAAAAUAUCCAUUUGUCAAAUUCCAGACCAUUGAAAAUGUAAGAUAUCAUCCACAUCCACUCACCAUUGCGAAGAAGAUGUAUUACUACCCAAAUUGUGAUAAAUGUCGUAAGCCUUGUGAAGAUCUGGCUCUUGAAUGCUUAAAGUCAGAGUGCAAGUAUAUUGUCCACUGGAAUUGUGUAGCACCUCGUUAUCUACACCGUUGGUGGGACUGGCCUAUGUAGCAAUUUAGAUCUAAUCAUUUGUAGGAAAACUCUUAAGACUGAAAAAAAGAGUUUGAUCUUCGCUUUGUUACUUGUGAUGUUAGUUGUUGUCGUCAAUGUAAUUUGGUUUUUCCUACUUUUAAGUUUUAAAUAAAUUUCAUGUAAUAAUCUGGAGCCAA